ACGAUCGUGAUCGCUCUACCUGUGCCGUGUCCAGCCACGCAUGCUGGUAGCUACUAUUUCAACCCACGGGCAGCAUCAACUAAACAGACAGAGCAGCACCGCUCAGCAACAAUGCAACAGCAGUUAGUGUGCGCAAAGUGAAUACAGUAAAACCAGUGUUCAAAAGGUGAUUUAGUGCAGCAAGUUAGUGGAUUUCAAAAAGGUUCGUGAUUGUUUUCGUUCACGUUGUUGUUUGUCUCCGUAAAUCAUUGCUCGGUGGUGCACUUUCGUGUGAAGAAGCAAAAACCGUGUGUAAUCGGUUUAUUGGUUGGUGUUAGCACUAGCGUGAUAGUAGCCCGAAAGUGGCCCGACCUGUAUCAUGGAAGUAGCGUGGCGUUUCCGAAUCAUAUUCGUGAUGGCCUUCGUGGUCAUUAUUUUCGGCGAUCUGCUCGGUUAUGGUGGUGCGCGCAAGGAGCCAAAAGACAAAUCCCUGCUCACCGGCAUCACCGGCGAGGUCGAGACGAGCUCGGCGGAAAUGAUGACCUCUGGCAAAGAUGCACCGAGUACACGGCCACGACCGACAUCCCACACCAACGCUCUCGGUAGUGUGGAGAGUGACUUCGACGAGGACGACACGACGGGUUUGUCAACGGCCGAGCUGGCAGCACGCAAGGAAAAGCUCAAGAACUCGCUCCGGGAAGCCUGCCUGCCGAAACUGCUGUGCGAGAUGGCGGCCAAACCCAACUACUCGCUAAAUGUACGCGAGCGGGAUCUUCUCUCGCUGAUGAGGUCUACCACCUUAUCAUUGACGAUGGCAAUGAGCCCAACGAAAUGGCACUUCGCAGCGCACAUGGGCCAAUUGUUGCGUGACGCCGGCGAUGCGCUCGUGACUCCGAUUGGUUGUUCGCAUCUGUGGCCAAGCUGCCCAUACAGCUCGAAGAAGCUGCUAAAACUAACCAACGUUGUGCAACUGAAGUAAUACCAACGCCCAGGUCCCUUCCGCCGGCAAGAGGCAGGCAAGGAAGUUGCUCAAAAAACAAACACCGCUGAAGGUCGAUACUCAGAGACAGCAAUGUCAAGGUAGACACUAGGAGUAGCUUGACGAAACGAUCCAUCCACCACCAGCCUUGCCCAACAACGCACAGUGUGAUGUCGCGAUGGGGAAUCGUAACACUAGCGCUAGAGAGGUUUUGGUGCCAGCGGUUCGGUUUAGUUCGUUCGUAUUUAAGAAUAUAUUAGGAAACCUUUCGGAAGCCAUUAGUAACAAGAAUCAUGUCGGAAUUCAUCACAAAAGCGAGAUGAUUUUUUUUUAGAUGGCGCAACGCGCUCAGUAGAAAUUCUGAAUCAAGAGGCUCCACAUCAGCCCUCAUCUGCCAUAUGGAAUGGGGAGUUUUCACUUUUCAAUUCGCAUAUUUGAUUCCCUUCGAUAAUGUAUAUUGUACCGAGCGGUCCAGCCGCACGUAUUUUUGGAACGUGUCGUGAUAAUUCGAUUAUGAAAGCAGUCGUGUUUACCACCAAGCGGGAGGGGAAUGGUUAAUGUGGCAACGAUUGUUAGCAAGGUUGAUGAACCAUGAAAUGUGAUCGAUAAACGUUGUCAAGUGUGAAAUUAUGGCAACAUUGUAGUAAAUCUAGAUUGUAGAUAGGUAAAGUAUGAGUACAUUUAAACACAAAAAACGCCAAACAGACUGUACGGAGGGGUAUGCAUUCUGUUAUUUUAACUAACGCAGUAACUCUCGGGCAAAGA